UCCACCGGAUCUAAUUGGAAACUUCAAGUUUCUAUCUCUGUUUACAAAGGAAUUUUUGUUCCUUUUCUCUCUUUCGCCCAGCCUUGGGCAACAAUUUUUCCUGGUACCAUCGAGAAGUCGGACUCACUACAGCUUGUGCUGUCAGUGGCCCUGAUAAACCAAACAAAGAAAGAAGGAGGUUCCUUGAUGCUGGUGAGGAUAUCUUGAUCAAAGGAAUUUGACCAGACCUCCCUUUCCCUGGACCGAACCUGAUUGCCUCUUAUUCUCCAGGAGUUAUACAACUUCUCUGAGUUUAUCACAUCCCCCUAUUAGUGAAUGAUGAAUUGUAUCUGAGAUGGAAGAGUCUGUUUUCCUGGCUUCAGUUGAGAGUUAUGGACCAGGAGAUAUACAGCAGUGCCUCAUACCAAGUCCCCUUUUGCUUGGUGUUAAAGGAACGGUUGGUGGGUAUAUGAAAUUAAGUCUCACAAGUGGCAUUUGUCUCAUCUGCCGUGCAGUGCCUGUGAUGGAUACUUGCAGUGAUGUAGGCUUUCAAGUGAUAGCUUGUAACUGUGUCUACAUGGGAAUGACAAGUUCAGCCACAUCUUUAAUAACUGGAAACUAUACAAUCAGUUCUUUUCAAAUAUCAGCAUUGAAGUUUGCACCUAUUAAAGAUAUUGAUGUCACUGUUAUUUUAAAUACAGUUGAAGAUGUGCUUAAAUAUAGAAAAAAUAAACAGUGCUUCAAAGACUCCCUUAGGGAAUUGCUUAAACUGUAUGGUGUUGUUAAUAAAAGCAAUAUUAACUGUCGAAAAAAUCCUUUGGGAGAACUAUUAGGUAUUUCCCAGGUGAUAAUUGUAAAAUGUUCACUGUCUUCCCAUGAAGUUGGUGUCGUUGCUACAAACACUAUUAUUAAUCUUAGUGGAGUUGAGAGUGAGGACAGACGUAGGAUGACAGUGCAUAAUACUGUGAGUUUGGGUGGACUGGAUAAAAUUUUGGCUUAUCUCCGAAGAAUAAUCGUGGAACCUUGGAUGAGAAAAGAGCAGUUUAACAGAGCAGGAGUUACAUAUCCCUCAGGAAUACUUCUGGUUGGACCCCCGGGCUGUGGAAAGACUUCGCUUGUUCGCCAGUUGUGUGCCGAGACAGGAGCUUGUCUCGUUGCAACUGCAGCAGCAGAGUUAGUUAGUCCUUAUGAAGAAGAAAUGGAGAAAAAUUUUGUUAAGGUUGCAGAGCAAGCACAAGCCUUAAGUGAAGAAGGACCAUGUUUGUUUUUCAUAGAUGAAAUAGACUCACUGUGUCCUAUGAGAACCAAGGAAUCAAGUCUUCAUGAUCAGAGACUUACAACACAGGUGCUUCUAAUGCUAGAUGAGUGCAGACAGUGUUCUAAUCUUACUCUUAUGGCUGCAACUAAUCGUCCAUUUGACUUAGAUCCAGCACUCAGAAGAUCAGGACGCCUAGAAGUUGAGAUCCUUCUGAAUGUUCCUUCAGCAGCUGACCGAGUGAGCAUACUGAAUGUUCACAGUGCCAAGUUGUUGCCCAACAAUCACUCAGGUUUAGCUACAGUUGCUCAUGCCACACCUGGCUUUGUUGGUGCUGACCUUCAAGCUCUAACUGAGCUUACACAGUUACAAGUUAAUGCUAAACUUACGAAACAGGAAACAGUGAAUUCCAAAGAGAUCAUUGAUAUCAUGUUAGCCAACACAGCAACUAUCAUUCCAAGUAUUCACAAAACACUUGAUUUCAUUACUGCCAAGCCUCAAGCAUCACCAGUUGGAGGUCUCCAAGAGGUGAAAUCAAAAUUAGACCAGAUAUUUACACACCAUGUUAAAUUUGCUACUGCCUAUGCUAAAUUAAAGUUGAAGCGACCCAGAGAUGGAAUAUUUGGAUGUAGAGAGGCAAGUGGAAGCAGUAUCCAUAUCAGCAUUUUAAAUGAACUACUACAAGCAAUGGAUGGAGCUGAUGUUAGAGUCACCAGUCUCCAAGGGGCCUCCUUACUCACUAAUAAUAUUACUGCUGAACAUGAUGGAGUGUUGGUUUGUGCAGCCACAAAUCAUCCACGCAACUUGGAUCCAGCUCUUUUGCGGCCUGGUCGGUUUGACUGCUUGGUUUACGUUCCUCUGCCUGAUGCUGAUGCACGCCUUGAUAUUCUUAAACUCAAGACCAGCAUGAUGCACAUUGACUCCCAUAAUAUUUUAGAACAUUUGGCAGUAAAGACUGAGGGCUUUACUGGUGCAGAGCUGGACAAUUUAGUAAUGAAGGCGCUUGUGGCAGCAGUGAAAGCAAAACAUUAUGAAGAAGAGUCACUACAAGUACUUCUACAAGAAACAGAUUUAUUAGAAGCUCUUCAGUCAAUUUCACCAACUGUCACAAAUAAGGAAAUAAGAGAUUAUCAAGAAUUUGAAAGAAUAAUUAAUUAUAAAUAAUGGUAAAAGUUUUUUUGGGGGGGAGGGGGGUCACCCUGCCUCUGCUCUCACGUGACCAGUGUGUUAAAAUAUAAAUGAUACUUAGAUAAAUACAAUAUAUCAUUAAUAGAACAGUGUAUUAUGAUAUUUUUGUAUAUGUAUGGCAACAUCUUGUAAAAAUAAAUCUUGGCAGCAC